AGGGCUUGAAGGAGCCUAGUCUUGAGGGGAAGCCAUAGCAGUGGGGAUGUUCCUGGAGUUUGCCUGAGUGGCCUGCCUGGCAUUUGCCAUGUCGGGAAACCAUCAUGGGAGCACUUGGCUGGGUACCAGCUGGAUCAUGCUGACGGAUGUGGUGGGCACAUCAGUGCUCACCUUCGCUGGCGUGGCAAAGUCGCUUGGCUGGGUGCUCACUAUCACAUUUAUCAUCUCUUUGGCACCAGUUGGCGUCUACACGGCCAUUUUGAUGUCCAGGACUGGACACGUCACCAAAGAGUCUCAAGGUCAGAGGCCAUCGAGCAUGGGCGAGGCGGCUAGGAUGACACUUGGUGGCGACAAAGCUGCCAUGGCGGUGUAUGCCAUGGUCUAUGGCUUUGCAUGGUUAGGCCAGAGCUCAUACAUUUUGGUCCUGGGCAAGUGUUUGCAGGGCAUUCUCUUCCACAUUGAGCUAUGCUUGCCAAUAGCAACAGCUUUGUCCUGCCUGCUAUGUUUGCCCAUCGCCGUGUCAGUGAGACACCUCUCAGACUCUGUUCUCUUGUGCUUUAUCAAUUUGUUCCUCAUUUUGGCCGUGCUGACUAUCGUCAUGGCCAAGAUGUACUACGUCGGGCGCCCGGCGCAAGUGAACACCUUUGCCUUCGCUCAGCAGAUGUCCUUCGGGAGUGUAUUCGGUGCCGCAUCGAAUGUGGUCUAUUCCUAUGCUGGUCAUUGGCUCUAUUUUGAGUUGAUGGCAGAGAUGGAAAGGCCCGAACAAUUUCCACGAGUGUUUCUCAUCAAUGUCCCGAUUCAGGUGUCUCUCUACUUGCUCGUGGCGUGCUGGGGUUACCAUUUUGCAGGGGACAAGGCGGAAGGUUACUUCCUUGACAACCUCCCAGAUGGACCUGCGUAUCGUUGGGCAUCUGCACUGCUCUUCCUGCAUGUUGCGAUUGCCUUCCUUGUGAAGAAUGUCGUGCUUGCGCGUGCGCUUCACCAGAAGCUAGCCCCCAGCAGAGUCGACGUGGACCUUCGGGAGCCAGGAGGUGCUUGCGCACAGAUGCAAUUUGCAGGCUGCGUGGUAUUGCUGCUGGUGUCCUGCUGGGCAGUAGCAAAUUCUAUCCCGUUCUUCGACGACCUUUUGGCUUUGAUAGGCAGCUUGUUGAGUGGGCCCAUCUCCUUCAUCUUUCCGAUGGCCUUCAUCAUGGGUGCCAUAAAAACAACACAGGAGGGGCGAUCUUCUGUUCAAGGCUGCCAAUUGAGCGUUGUUGGAGAUGGGCUGCCAGGCUCUUGGUUUUGGAGGGUCUGACUUCAUCCGCCACUGUCACACCGUCUCCGGCAUGCUGUCGAGGGUGGACUUUCUGGCCUGCGCAAUCAUCGCGUCCUUCAUCCUUUUGAGCAUGGUCCUGGGCACAAGUGGCACGAUACGACAAAUAGGAGAAAACAUAAGCACAUAUGGCCUGCCCUUCGCCUGCCAAGCUCGUGCUCAUCGCUCAACAAGUGCUGCAAUCAUAGAGCUAGUGUUCUGAGAGCCGCCAAAGCUUUGCGGUUCGGUCAUUGUCAAUGGCCGCAAGACGGCCUCAAUACAAAAUCUAUUAGAUGUUGAAGUGCAGUUCCUCACAAAUGUGACGAGCCCGCUGACAUUGACGGCUCGGAGCGGCCUAUUACUGACAAGAUCUGACAAGCCACACGUCCCACAGCCAAAAAAUCUGGAAAGCGUGUGGCCAAAGCCGAAGCCAGCGUGGCAAAGAAUUUUGCAGACUCCACUCCACCUGUCGCAACCAGGGAAUUAGGGGUUCCGCAGUGCCACAAAUCAUGUCAGGCAGAGCAUGCCGUACUCUUGACGAGAACACUUAAUUAGCUUGG